CCUCUUGGUCCCGGAUGUGGGACCGGAGGGUUGGGGGCCCCGGGACUUAUUAGCCAAGACAGGAAGCCCCACCCCCAGAGGACUCAAAGAAAGAGCUGUGGUGCAAGAAUUCGUGUGCCAGAUUUGGUUAGCUGAGUCCACCGAGAGGCGCCUGCAGGAUGAAAGCUCUCUGUCUCCUCCUCUUCCCUGUCCUGGGGCUGCUGGUGUCCAGCAAGACCCUGUGCUCCAUGGAAGAAGCCAUCAAUGAGAAGAUUCAGGAGGGCGCCAGCUCCCUAGUAUUUAGGGCAAUAAGGAGCAUUGGCCUGGAGUGCCAGAGCGUCACCUCCAGGGGGGACCUGGCUACUUGUCCCCGAGGCUUCGCCGUCACCGGUUGCACUUGUGGCUCCGCCUGUGGCUCGUGGGACGUGCGCGCCGAGACCACAUGUCACUGCCAGUGCGCGGGCAUGGACUGGACCGGAGCGCGCUGCUGUCGUCUGCAGCCCUGAGGUCGCGCGCAGCGCGUGCACAGCGCGGGCGGAGGUGGUUACAGGUCCGGACGGAUUGGGGGGAAGCUGGAAAUAAACCUGGAGAUGAUGAUGAUGGAGCGGA